AUGGCACAUGUUGCAGGAGCGGAGACGUACGCUUUUUUCCGCUCGGAUUUGGCGCUUUUCUCGGCCUGCUUGCAGGAGUACGCCGUCGGGGAGAGCAACCAGGAGGAGUUUCGAAAGCUGCGAGUGCGCGAUGGCCAGGCCAGGCUCCAGCUCGAGUGCCUAACCCCUGAGCUUUGCACGGUGCUGUGCGAGGUCACGACCUUGGUGGAAUCCACUUCAAGCACUCCUGCAAAGGCUGGUGCCUUGGGCAGUUCCGCCAUCGAUUGGGCUGCCUGGGAUUCCCGCAUCAGCAACAAAGAGGUCCUCGGCUGCCUCAAAAGCUUCCACGAGCAGCAGUCUGUCUUGCUGGAGACGGUCCUCAAAGAGGAUCACUCCGCAUCGAUUAAGAAGCAGACGGAAGGCUGGGAGCUUUUCGAUGCAGCCGUGACGAGCUGUCAGAAGUCCGUGGAGAAGUCUGAGCAGAUCUUGCAGAACGGAGCCCGCGCGCUUUGGAUUUCCUUCCAGAAUCCGCCAAUUUCGAUGCUUUCCCAGUCUGAGUGGCUGGACGCUGACCAGUACUGGCAGGCCUUCGUCGAGAAGCACCAUUUCUACCACAACCACCUGCUAAGUGCCGUCGAAGAUCCCGAGAGCAAGGACUACGAUGCCAAGACGAAGGCUGACCUGAAGAAGCGAUGGGAAACCUUCGAUGGCCGUGGAACGACGCGCCAGAACAACAAGCUGCUGUACCAGCGGCCAUCUUUCGAGUACUACGACGUUUUCCGGGGCCCGCUCAUCGAGCACAUGAUUUUCUAUCUCACAAAGACCGGGGGCGAUGCCAGGACUUUCCCGGAAAUGAUGCCUACCAAGUGGUAUGCGGAGAUCUAUGACAUCCGUUUCAAGCUCUACAAUGUCUUGCAGCGCCGGAAGCGGCAGGUCCACGAAGCGAGCUGGUCUCGCGAAGCCUUCCAUGACUUCCAUCCGCACGACUUAGAGCAUGAUGGCGAGGCCUAUUACUCCAAGCUCAUUGCCAAGGAGUCCGUGGCCACCGAGCUUUGUGCUGGCCGCCUCAUGGGGAACUUCAUUCUUUUCAGUGACGCUUAUGUGCCUGUGCAGUCGGGCACCGGUUUUUAUAGAGCCAUCCAGAUGGAUGGUGGGAAGGGCAUGUUCAAGUCCUUGAGCUUGAGCGCGACUUUGCACAAGCCGCGACACCUGGGCGAAGUGGUGGGAAACACCGACCAGGUACGAAAACUGGCAGAAUGGCUGCGAGAUUGGGACGAUGUUGUCCUCCGUGGAAAGAAGAAGGAACUUCCGCCUCAGGACCCGACGAAGAAGUUCCAACCGGCUCCAGAGAACCUGAAUGCCCGAGCCGUCCUCGUAAGCGGACCUCCAGGGAUUGGAAAAACCACAACCUGCUGCCUUGUUGCGAGAUGUUCGCGAUACAGCCUCAUGGAGUUCAACGCCUCUGACGCGCGGAGCAAGGCUGUGAUCGACGGCUUGGCCAAUUCACUGGCAGGGAAUCGCACCCUCCGCUUCGGCAAUGCUGGGAGCAACCUGAACCGCUCUGUCAUCAUCAUGGACGAGUGUGAUGGCAUGGCCGGUGGGGACAAGGGCGGUUGUCAGGCAUUGAUAAAGCUCAUCCAGGCCACGAAGAACCCCGUGAUUUGCAUCUGCAACGAUCGAAAUGAUGCCCAAGUACGUCAGUUGGCUACCCAUUGCUACGAUCUUCGCUUCCGAAGGCCCGAGAACGUCGCGGUCGCCAAGCGCAUCAAAAGCAUUGUCCAGUCUGAGGGAAGGAAAGUGGAGAUGGCAACCGUUGAAGCAAUCGUGGAAGCUUGUGGCCAAGACAUUCGACAGGUGAUCAAUCACCUGCAGUUCUUCGGCACAAUCAUGAACGGCGGAAGGGCCUGCCAGAAGGACUCCCAAGUCAUGAUGUCCACCUUCGAAGCGUGCUCGCGGCUUCUGUCCCCUCAUCGGGAGCCUCUUCCAUUGGAACGACGGAUGGACAUGUACUAUGUCGACAGCGAACUUAUGCCGAUCAUGGUGCAGGAGAACUAUCUGCGAGCUAUGGACAAGAAGCCGGCCAAAAUGGAUGAGUUGGCCGUGCUGGAGCGAGCUGCGCAGGCGUCCUGGCUGAUAGCUACAGCCGACGGCUGGUCUAACAACUUUGAGUUGAUGAACAGCGCGGCUCUGGUUGGCACGGUGUACCCGUCUACGCUGAUGACCAGCCCAGACCAAGCAUUUGCAAAGCCAUCCUUCCCGGCUUUUUUGAUGAAGCAGGGAACCAUCAACAAGAACGAUCGCAUCGCGCAGGAUCUGAGCUCCCGAAUCCGCCGGCGCUCGACCUGUGGAAGUCGAGAGUUUAUCACGUCGAACUACCACGACGUUUUUCACCGGCGCCUCAUGCAGAUGCUGGUGCAGGGGUCCUCAAAAGAGUGCGCGGAGGCGUUACAUGCUCAUGGCCUGACACGGGAGUUCUUCACGGAUCAGGCUCCGGCGUUCCGUCAACCACUGCAGCUUGAGGACACCUACAGGAAGGUCGAUGUCACCGUGCGCACGCGGCUGUUGCAGGAUGUGCAGAACCUGGCGAUGUCCACGAUUGCUGCUGCAAAGCGCAAGAAGAAGCCAGAGGAGGACGCAACGGCUCGGAGGCGAAAAAGCGGUGGUGGACAGACCUCCGAGAAGCCGGAGGAUGUCGAAAUGGAGGAUGCCGAGGCUGCAGACGAUGGGGACAUCCCUGGCCUUGUGAAGCGCAAGCCGGGCUCCAAGGCUGCCCCGAAGAAGAAGGCGCUGAAGGACAUGGAGAAGGAUCUCAGCAAAUGCUCUCUAAAUGGCUGGCGUGCAUCAGUGAAGGAGAAGGCGAUGCAGACCGCUUCGCAGGUCACGCCGUCUCAGGCAGAUGCCAAGCCUCUGCUGGUCAUGAAGUACAUCGAGGGCCACACCUGCUCUGUGCGCCGGAAGGCGGCAACCGACGGCAACGGGACUACUGGUCAGCGUGGAAUGCUGAUGGCAUUUCGAUUGGUCAUCAGUACUUUCUUCAGCCUCGGCUCCGAUGUGCACUGCCUCUUCUACAAGCCGGCCGGGGUGGAGCUCAGCACGCCGGACCCGGUGGAAUGCUUCCAGGCCCUGGCAGACCAUGCUGCGAUGACAGGACGGAAGUUCGAGGCCGGCUACGCCACGGCCUUCGAGGCCUUCACCGAAGUCUUGGCCUCGCGCAAAGAGGGCCUUGGAGGCAGCUGGUUCACGGCGCCAGGCGAAUCUUCGAAGGAUGCCUUCAUGCGCAGGCUGAAGAAGUCGGACCCGGCUUACGACAUCUACGCGGCCUAUGCCGAGGAGCACGAGGAGCGCUGGAAAGCGGCGAAGGCGCUGUCCAUGGACGAAGCCAUCGCCCAGAUGCCCGAGAUCGAGCGCAAGUACCAGAUUGAGUGCGAAGAGUACAGCAGUGUCCUCUUUGGUGUGAAUGAUGAAAUGGCUGCGGCGGGCAAGUUGGAGCAGGAGCAGCUGGCGAAGCUGGGAGAUGUGGGUGAGCUGGAGGGGAAGCUAAGCAGCGGCGAGAUCGUCGCGAUUAGUCCGUCCGGCAGCUUGAUGGAGGUCGGUGAAGUGAGCAAGGCUCUCGACGAAAUCGAUUCGAUUAGGGACAAGGCCGGCUUCUUGCCUGGUGAUGUGCUUCCUGUGAUUGCCAUCAGCACUUUUACUGGCGGGACGCGUUCGGCUCUGCUGGUGCUGUUCGUGCAGCUGUUCGGACAGUGUGCCGGACAUCAUUGCACCGGCAGUCUCCUUCAAAUGCCGAUUGCCCAGCGGCUCGCUGCAGAGAUGACGUUGACUCAAUCGAGGUUGCGGAUCGGUGUUCAAAUGUGUUACAUCUUUUGCACCAAGGCUGUCCGGAACGGGGUUCACCUGCUUCCUGCGGCGUUACAAGGUGCUGCUUCACGCACGCUCGAGGGCGAGCCCGGUCUUGCCGAGGAGGACUUGGACUUCAUAACGGUGGACCUCCCCGCCAGGGAGGACAGGCCAGACGAGGCCAGUGCAUCGGAUGCGGCACCGGUCCAGGCGAAGAUCGCUGGGGCCAGGAGUAUUGGAAAUCUGCUGGAGGUUGUAAGCGACAAUGUCGACAACCUCGACUCCCUUCACGCCGCCACCGCCUUGCACCGCCUCGCGCGACUGGGCGCCCGACGCGGAGGAUCCGCCGAGGCCUUCGCGUCGGAUCCUGUGCGCGCCGCGUUGGUGAAGCGGCUUGCACAGCCGGAGGCACUGGAGGUGCUCUCAGCGCAGGCCCGUGUUUGCCUGCUUUGGGCACUGGGGCGGCUGGUGUUGGCACCUGCUUGGCUGCCCAAGCUGCUGGGUCUAGGUGCGGAUGCAGCAGUGGGUUUUUCCGGUCAUCAGUUGGCGACAGCCUUGCACAGCCUCGCAAAGCUCGAGGCGGCGGGCCUGGUGCAGCUCCAAAGCGAGGAGCCCCAGCGGCUGCUGGAGGCUCUCCACUCGGAGCUGCGGCGGCGGCAGAAGGCACUGGGUCCUGGUGCCACCUCAGCGAUGGACACCAUACUCAUCGCAGACGGUCUGGCAAAGCUUCAGAUUCGCGAUGACACAGUUUUCACUUCACUGGCGACUGCUCUGCGAGCGCACAUUACUGUGGGCGAGCUUGGUGUCCGGGAAGUCCGUCAUGCAGCAUCGGCAUUCUCCCUCCUGGGCUUCGUGGAUGCCAAAUUGGCCGGGGCACUGAUGAACUGGCUUUCACCUCGCCUGGAAAGCUGUGGAGGCGAUGACUUAUCGGCGCUCGCCUACUCUCUUUCUCGUGCCGAGGUGGCCAAGAGUGCCCACAGGAGCUUCUUCCGAGCCUUGCGGACCGAAGUGCCGCGGCGCCUCGCAACUGGGGAGCUCAGUGCCAAGGAAUCCGCAAGCCUCCUUGUCAGCUUCUCGCAGGCUGGUCUGCUCGAGCCGGAGGAUCGGGAAGCACGGCAGCUGGUGAAGCAGCUCUCAGCAACAGUGGCGAGAUCACCCAGCGCCUUGAACGGCCAGUGGCUGGCACUUUCGGUUCCUUGCCUCAGCCCCUUUGCGGCUGACUGCAGGGAGUUGCUCGUCCUCCUCGCAGACCGGGCGACGCAGUUGGCGCCAAUGCUGUCGCCGAGGCAGCUGGCACGGCUGGCUGUCGGCUUCGGCGAGGGAAAGGUGCAAGGGAAUGCGCUUUGGCAGUCCUUGACGAAAGAAGCCCUGACACGUGCCUCGUCCUUCUCAGCACCCGAUGUUCUCCGGGUGCUGGCGGGCUUCGAUGCAGCCAACGUACAGCAUCCAGGUUUUCUGAAGACUUUCUGGGCGCUUGCUGCUGAAAAACAGGCAAAGUACCUGGUGGAGGAGCUCCUGGCCCUCCUGCAGCUUUGGCCCCGCCUCCCUGCUGCGCUGCGCGCGGGGGAGCUGCCGGACUCGCUGAUGAAGCACCUGCGCGGACGGCUGGAGAAGGGCAGCAGGGGAGUCGGGUGGUAUGCACCUGCUGAGCUCGCCACAGAGCUCAUCGAGUGGCUCCCUGCCAGCAGAGCAUUGACGGAUCGCGGCAUGGACGGGCGCCUCGUCCGCGCUUCGAUGGCCCAGUUGCCACGGCAGCUGUCCGCAACACCAGCACUGCGGGAAAGGUUGCUGGCCGCGUUGACCCUUCGAGACGAGGACAUCCUGACGAAAGCUCGUAGCGAGGCGCAGCAGUCAGAGGCCCUCCAGCGUGCCUUGGCAAAAGUCGUGCAGGAGCUGAUCCCUUCUGUGCAGCAGCCAGCAGUGCGCGAGCUCGCGGCAGACACGGCCUUCGGCUGUGCUGCUCUGGGCUUCGAUGGGCCAGCGCUCCGCGAUCUUCUGGGCGCGCUCCUGGAAGACACGGCGGACAUCGAGGUGGGACCGGCAGCCAGGAUCUGCUGGGCCUGCGCAGAGGUGGGUGUGCACGCCAGCGCUGCGCGUGCACUUCUUUCUCGGAUGGCGGCGGGUGCGUCUCCAAGCGCGAUCGAGGAGAAAGUGAGCUUUCUGCGCCUUGCGUGGGCCCUGCUUGCCUUCGAAGGACCAGAGGCUGAGCUCCGGCAGCUGCUUGCGCUCGGUGAAGACGACGCUCACGCAGAUCAGAUUCUGAGUGCAUUGAGCCCACCGGACCUGCGUCCGAUGCAGCAGCUGGCUUGGCACUGCCAGCAGCAGCUCCCAGAACAGUCAGCGGUCUGGUCAGCUGCGGUCCUGGCGGCUGGGCCACAUGCACCGCGCAGUGCAUCUGCCGGGUCACAUGGGCGGCCGCCGCAGACGGAGGCAGAAAAGACGCUGUCUGCCCUACUGCAGCACCUUCGGAUCCCCCAUGUCGUGGCUUCCCCCGCGGCAGUCCCUGGAGGAAUCUACCGCAUUCCGGUCUGGUUUCCUGAGCAGAGCGCCGCACUAGAGCUGGAACAGCUCGGCGACCGUCUCGCUGGAGGUGGGCUCUCCGGGACUGCGCGGCUCAGGCGACGCCAGCUUCGCGAAGCGGGCUUGAAAGUUCUUGCCUUCGAUCCCUCCGCCUUCCGUGGUGCCUCGCAGCUGCGUCGGCUUCGUGCGGUGGCGGAGGUUGUGGCCCCGUCUUGCCCAGAGGCAGCCGCUUGGCUCCGCAGCGGCGAAGCGGCGCAGGCUAGAGCAGAGGACCUGCAGCGCCUGACCAGCUCCCCAACACCAGGCCGAUCUCACGCGCUGGCACCAGAAGAGGCGUGA